GUAGAGAUGUUCAGUGGAUGAUGAAGCUGUCGUAGGCUGGAUCGCAUAGCUUAGUGGAAGAUAUGAGGGCAAUAGAGGAAGGGCCAGGCCAGAUAAAAAGGCAUGAGGAACUGAUGGGGGGAAUGUAUCUCCUCGUCAACACACUACUACAGGAAAGCCUUGACUCAUUGAAUCCGACGAGGAAUGAGGACGAGGUGUCUGAAAGCCAGGACGACGAGUCUGAAGAGGGUGAGAUCAAAGAGGCCUUUCGUGCAGAGGAGUAUGAAGGGAUCUACCUGGAGUUGGGACCCCUUCUAUCAUGCGAAGUACGACUUAGAGAUGCGAGCGAUAGGGCUCAGAGGAUGAUGCAGCGCUAUUUGGUGCGAGAUGACCAUCUUUUCGUAAGAAGAGAAGUGGGGAAUCCCAGGAAAGUCGUCUGCGGUAGGAAUCGUCAGAUUGACGUCAUAGCAGCGCUUCAUGAUGGCAUUGCAGGAGGGCAUCGAGGGAUACAAGCCACAUACGCCAAAAUAAGUGAGUUGUACUACUGGGAUGAAAUGAUGGACAUGAUUGGGAAGUUUUGCCGAUCUUGCGUGCCCUGCCAAGAGAGAUCCCGUUUGAGGAAAGGAGAGUCGUUACAUCCAAGGUCUGACUUUACGAAGACAGCCAUGCCAAGAGGAGGGAAGGGGAGACGGCCGCCACGAAGGCCGUUGGGGGCAUCAGGAGGAUAUGAGCGGCAUGGGACUCGCCAUCGAGAGGGUACUCCGGUAUACGAUGAUAGGGACAUCGAGCGAUUCCAGGACAGUUUUUGGGACCAUGCCAGGCGUAUGGGCUGGACUGUGGCCCAGGCGAUUGAGAGAUUGAGGGGAGCCAGCAGGUUCGAGGAACCCAUUGCCCGGAUCCGUAGGGAAGCAACAAUGAGGCCAGAGGUGGAGAUGAGGAUGCAGUUACGACCCUCGUCUGUGGGACCUGAUGGCAGGUCGAUUCGCCUAGAGAUCGAAAAUGCUGCGGACUUUAUCCCCAUCUUUGAGUGGUUCAUGCAGGGGCAGGAGGAGCAGGAGGCAGAGGACCCUGAGCCCAGUGAGGCAAGGCCAUCUCGAGGGGGACGGAAGGCCCUAGCCAGGAGAGAAGAGGAGUCGGACUCUGAGGAUGAGGAGCGAGGGGCGUAUCCUGAGUGUGGGAUUGGACCGGUGGAGUUCCGUCAUUUUACCGAGGGUGGAUUGAGGAAGUCGCCAGUGCGCACACAGGAGGAGACGCCAACAUCUGAGGGGCCAUUGAGGGAGUUGGAGGCGCAUCUGGACGUCUCUCGAUGGGGAGCGUCGCCCCGAGGCGAGGAGCAUGGAGGACAGGCAGAGGAGGUGCCACGUGAGGAGGUGCCAUGUGAGGAGGUGCCACGAGAGGAGACGCCACGAGAGGAGGUCCGAGAUACUCAGCACCUAGCAGCUCAUGCCCUGGAGCACCCAGACCUGGAGGAGCCAGCACCUGCAGAGCCGCGUCGGGAGCCGUGCCAGCCUGAGAACGAGGUGGAGGCAGAGAUCCCAAAGAGGGUCGACCAUCGCACGAGGGAGAGGGCACCAACUGGCGAGACAGUUGAGGAAAAGAGGGCAAGAAGAAGCAGGAGAAUAGAAGAGAUAUGGCAAGAGAGGCAAAGGUUGGAGGCAGCGGGGGCACUUCCGGAGCAGCAGCAGGAAAGGCAGAGGUUGGAGGCAGCAGGGGCACUCCCGGAUCAGUCACCCAGCGCGCCAACUAAGACCCCUGAAAUCCCAGAGAUGUGGAGAAACUUCUGGGAGCAAAGGGCGGAGGGGCUUCCUUCUCCAACAAGAGCUGGAUUCGAGGUAGCAAGGAAAGCAGAAGAGAGGCUGGAUCGCAAGAUCAAGUUCCUAGCAAAGACUUGUUUCAAUCGGUAUCUGAUGGUGGAAAGCGAUCUGGCGGGAAAGAAGAUGAAGGAAGAGGGCCAUGGGCUACGUUUAGAGACGAUGGAGGUAGAGAUCCAGGAGCUCAGACCUCUGGUAGCUAGUCAGGUUGCCAUUAUUGAGGACUUGAGGCAGCAGCGUCAAGGGAGAGCGGAUAAGGCCGAGAGCAACCGACAAGGAGAGCAGAGGCAGCCAGGACAGGGGUCGCCAGGAUAGCCAUCUGCAGCAGAGCCUCGUCGGGGAUCACCCAUGGGGAGAGUUAUCCUGGA